AUUUGGCUGCCUUACUCUGCCCUGAAUGCACUAUGAAUGGUCCGUCACUGACUAUAAACUGAAUCUCAUCAGGAAAACUACACAUUAUCUCACCAUCACUUCAAAGGUCUCGCCAGGCAGAGGUGACGCCAGGAAAUGAUUUAAAGGUGAAAAUGACAAGGUUUCCUCCUCUCAAACCUUGGCUCCUUUUCUGACAAUGCAGUCUGAAUGAACCCUGAUGUCUUCUUUACCCUGGAAAUAGGAUUGGAAGAGAGAGAGGAAACAAUUUUUAAUCCUGAUAAAGAAGAUUAUUGGGAAGCUGGUUUUCAAAAACUCUAAUAUUGUGGCACAGAUGGAUUUUAAAAAGUGUUAGAUCUUUCCAAUGAACACUAAUAGAGUUCUCUGCUCUUGGCUGGAUUUUUCAGAGAAUGGCCAUGGUCUCUACGAUGCCCUGGGCCCUGUAUUUGUGGAUAAGUGCUUGUGCAAUGCUGCUGUGCCAGGGAUCCCUGCAACACACUUUCCCGCAGCACCACCUGCACAGACCAGAAGGAGGGACGUGUGAAGUGAUAGCAGCUCACAGAUGUUGUAAUAAGAAUCGCAUUGAGGAGCGGUCGCAAACUGUAAAGUGCUCCUGUUUACCUGGGAAAGUGGCGGGAACAACCAGAAACCGACCUUCCUGUGUUGACGCCUCCAUAGUGAUUGGCAAAUGGUGGUGUGAAAUGGAGCCUUGCCUAGAGGGAGAAGAAUGCAAGACGCUACCUGACAAUUCCGGAUGGAUGUGUGCUACAGGCAAUAAAAUUAAGACCACAAGAAUUCACCCAAGAACCUAAUGGAAGUAUUUAUUGUUGUAGUGAAGGAAAAUCAACCCCGCAGAAAAUACUACAUAUUUUAAGAAUUCAAAACAUCUUACACAUUUACAAGCCAAAUGGAUUUCUUAUUUGCACUUUGAGUGGUUACCAGAUAAGCACAGAGCUUUGACUGUGUGUAACAAAAUACCCUAAAGUGAGAAGACGUGGAGUUUGGGGUAACACCGUGGAAAGUGGGUUUAAAAGAAAUAAGGUUUUCUCAGUGGAAUUUUUUGGGAUUAUGAAGAAUGAUCAACUAUCUCCUAAUUUGGAUCUACAGUUACUUUGUACCAUUUUAAAUAUCUGUAUAUAUAAUAUUUUGAAAUAUUAUAUAUUCUCUUCAAGAAAUGAACAGUACCACAGUUUGAGCGGCUGGUGUACCUCUUUGAGUUUUGGGGUUUGUGUUUUUUGUCAUUUCUUUUUCUCUCAGCAAGGAAGAUAUGUGCCCUUUGGAGAAUUCAACGUGACACUUUCACUGGAAGGCCAGCUACAGGUGGACUCCUGGAAUUUGAGGAAUCAUGAGGCUACUGAAUCAGGAACUUCCUUCUGUUUCUACCAGAUGGCCCAAGGAAGCACAUCACCCUGUUUUAUUGCUUUCUACCUUGUACAAUACUAGCAUGCAAGCUUGGCUUACAUAACCAUACUUUAUAUUCAAUUGAUAUAUAAUAAUAACCAUUUUAACCUCUUCCAGGAAAAUCCUUUUAGAAGUACUAGCUUUUCCACAGGUGAGAAAGCAAGGCUUCUUGAGGGAGCAGCUCAACCAUCCUAUGAAGACUGGCAGUGUUCUGGCAGAAUAUGGGUCCCUGCGUUAAUAAUAAGUUCUGUAAAUACAGUGUCUUAAGGCUUUGUAUAGCUGUCCUAUACUGCAGAAACACCCUCUGAUUCUAUCCAAAGUCUGGCAUCGUUAACUGCAUAGUGCUGCAGUAACAAGUCUUACCAUGACACCACUUUCUCUGUUUGAUUUACUUUUUCCAAGAGUAUCCUCAUCUCUUCUGAUGAGAUAGGAAGACUAUGAAAACAAUUAGGUUUCAGUAUGAUCUGUGUGACCAAAUGUUGGACAGCCCUAUUAAAGUGGUAAAUAACUUCUUUCUAAA